AUGUUCAGCGUAAGCAGAUUAUGUGCAUUGAAGACUACUCCUCGACUGUUUCUGAGAUGUGAAUCCACAAAGGCCGAUCAACUUAUAACAAUAAAUAAUAAGACAUAUAAGAGUGAUCCGGAAUUUACAAAUGUGACACCAUCAAUUAUCGCCCAUGUGAACAGGUCGCUGCACAAAAAACCUAACCAUCCUGUAAAUAUUCUACGUGAUUUAAUUGAAAAGAAACUUUCUUCGGUGGAUAAUGCCUUCACCACCUAUAACAAUUUUGCCCCUGUUGUAAGUACUUUCGAAAAUUUUGAUUCCUUGGGGUUUCCAGCUGACCAUCCAGGUAGAUCAAAGUCGGAUACGUAUUAUGUUAAUGAUAAAACGUUAUUGAGAACACAUACAUCUGCACAUGAGAUGGAAUGUUAUAACAAGAUCGACUUAACUGGUAAGCCCGGAUUCUUAAUUUCGGCAGAUGUGUAUCGCCGUGAUGAAAUCGACAAGACACAUUAUCCGGUGUUUCACCAAAUGGAAGGGUGUAGAAUAUGGAAGAAUAGAUCAAUUGAUGAAGUAAAAGUUGACCUUAAAGUAUUACAAAAGAAAUUGGAUGAACAUGAAAUGAAUUUAAUAGUAGAAGAUCAAUCUUUGGACAAUACCCCAGAGAAGAAUCCUAAACAACAAUACAUGACAGAUCAAGAAGUUGACUUAGUGUCCCAACAUUUGAAAAGAUCCCUAGAGUUGGUUAUUAGUGAAGUCUUUAAUCAAAAGAUUAACAGUAUGAAAAAGGAAAAAAAAUCUGUAAAUAUCCCUAACGAAUUAAAAGUAAGGUGGGUCAAUGCUUAUUUCCCAUGGACAGCACCUUCUUGGGAAAUUGAAGUAUGGUGGAAUAAUGAUUGGUUAGAAAUUUGUGGUUGUGGUAUUGUUCAACAACAAGUCCUGUUGAAUGCAGGUUAUAAGAAGGAUAGCACCAUUUCUUGGGCAUUCGGGUUAGGUCUUGACCGUAUUGCUAUGUUAUUAUUUGAAAUUCCAGAUAUAAGAUUAUUGUGGUCCGAGGAUAAUAGAUUUAUUAAUCAAUUUAAAGAUGGCCAAAUCAAUACUUUCAAACCUUAUUCAAAAUACCCGGGUACGACUAGAGAUGUGGCAUUUUGGUUGCCCGAUUCUUCUGAAGUUUCUACUGAGAUUCAUGAGAAUGAUUUGAUGGAGAUCGUUAGAAAUGCGGCUGGAAGUUUAGUGGAAAGUGUAAAGUUGAUUGAUCGUUUUCAAAGUACCCAAACAAACAAAACAUCUCUUUGUUACAGAAUUAACUAUCAAUCGAUGGAUCGAAACAUCACAAAUGAUGAAGUAAAUGAAAUUCAAAAACAGGUUGAAGCAGAACUAAUUGAUAAAUUUCAUGUCUCAUUGAGAUAA